GCGCGCUGGGCGGGCGCGAACAAGUGCGCUGCGCCGCAGGCACCGGCUGGGGGCGAGCUGGCCCGGAGCCGCCGCCGCCGCCGCCGUCGUCGCGACCGCCGCAGUGGCGUUCUGCGGGCCUGGCGGCGGGAGACCGGCCACGCUUAGCCGAGAUGUCGUCCACCGCGGCUUAUUACCUGCUCUCCACCCUGGGAGGGUACUUGGUGACCUCCUUCUUGUUGCUCAAGUACCCGACCUUGCUGCACCAGAGGAAGAAACAGCGCUUCCUCAGCAAACACAUCUCUCACCGCGGAGGUGCUGGAGAAAAUUUGGAGAAUACAAUGGCAGCGUUUCAGCAUGCAGUUACCAUUGGAACUGAUAUGCUGGAAUUGGACUGUCAUAUCACAAAAGAUGAGCAAGUUGUUGUGUCACAUGAUGAGAAUCUAAAGAGAUCAACUGGGGUCAAUGUGAACAUCUCAGAUCUCAAGUACUGUGAACUCCCACCUUACCUUGGCAAACUGGAUGUCACAUUUCAAAGAGCAUGCCAAUGUGAAGGAAAAGAUAACCGAAUUCCAUUAUUGAAGGAAGUUUUUGAGGCCUUUCCUAACACUCCCAUUAACAUCGAUAUCAAAGUCAACAACAGUGUGCUGAUUAAGAAGGUUUCAGAGUUGGUGAAACAGUACCGACGAGAACACAUAACAGUGUGGGGUAAUGCCAAUUAUGAAAUUGUAGGAAAGUGCUACAAAGAGAAUUCAAAUAUUCCCAUCCUCUUCAGUGUACAACGUGUUCUGCUCAUUCUUGGCCUGUUCUUCACUGGUCUCUUGCCCUUUGUGCCCAUUCGAGAACAGUUUUUUGAAAUCCCAAUGCCUUCUAUCAUAUUGAAGUUAAAAGAACCACACAAAAUGUCCAAAAGUCAGAAGUUUCUCAUCUGGCUUUCUGAUAUUUUAUUAAUGAGAAAAGCUUUGUUUGACCACCUUACUGCUCGAGGCAUUCAGGUAUAUGUUUGGGUAUUAAAUGAAGAACAAGAAUACAAAAGAGCUUUUGAUUUGGGAGCAACUGGGGUGAUGACAGAUUAUCCAACAAAGCUUAAGAAUUUUUUACACAGUUUUUCAGCAUAGAAAAGGAAGUAUUCAGAAGCAUUCAAAGAAACUAUGAAAAGAUCUAAGGGGGAAAAAUUUUUCAUUAUCAUUUUCCUAAGCCAUUUUCAGAAAGGUAAAAGGUUUAAUCAGUUAAGUUUUUAUUACCUCAUUUUUAAGCUGCCUGAGAAUGUAGAAACUCUAUAUUGUAUAUUUAUUUUAAACAAUAUUGCAUAUUUGCAUUUGUAAAUAGUUUAUUUAGAAAGAUUAUUGAUCAAGAUUUCUGUAUAUGAUUAUAUUAUUGUAAGUAAUUCUGAAAUCAAAAGACCAUUGGAUAAUUUGAUAAUUUCACUGGAAUAAGGCCAGCUCAUUAGUAAAACAAAACUAUUCAAGGCCUCUAUAGCUAUUUUGAGUUGUCUUUUUAUUUGUAGCGACAUCUUAGUUGGUGGGGAAAAAUACUGUGGAAGAAGAGCUUGGAAAUCAUUGAUGUGGUUACCUGACAAGUUGUACAUGUUAACAGAAGGCAGACUCAAAGAAUGAACUGGAAGUUUAUUACUUGAUCAGAAAUAAAAUCUGUAGACUGAAUUAGA